AUAAUCGAAUCAAACGAAACCAAAACAACAACAAUGACCGGUCGCGGCAAGGGAGGCAAAGGUCUUGGAAAAGGAGGAGCGAAACGUCACAGGAAAGUUCUUCGUGACAACAUCCAGGGUAUCACGAAGCCUGCCAUUCGCCGUUUGGCACGCAGAGGUGGAGUGAAGCGUAUCUCCGGUUUGAUAUACGAAGAAACUCGCGGUGUGCUUAAAGUGUUCCUCGAGAACGUAAUUCGUGACGCCGUCACGUACACAGAGCACGCCAAAAGGAAAACUGUCACCGCUAUGGACGUCGUGUACGCUCUGAAACGACAGGGACGCACGCUCUACGGUUUCGGCGGUUAAGUCUCUCAUGAUGAAUGCGUAAAUCGUCCGUCCGUCCGUCAGCCCGUUCGUUUCGUUCGUUCGAUCGUACGUCGUCAGUCACUUGAGCGUGAGCGAAUCUCGCAUUGUACGCGAAAAUUGAACAUGCGAAUACCUAUUGUAAGAUCAUAAUCAAUAAAUACAAAAAAC